AUCGACAAUACAAAAGUAUCGACAAAUUAAUCAUCAUCAUCAUCAGUAUAAUUUUUACGACAAACACCAUACGUGACAUGGUUGACAAGCUGUAUACUGGAUUAUAUUUUCCACCCAACGAUUCUCGCAAUGUGGUUGGUCAAUAUGGUUUGGCGGUUACUUUUCAGGUUUUGGACACGGCAAUCGGCUUUGGAUAUAAUGUGGAUUCCAGAUCUACAUUAUGAACCUCAAAUUAAAUUUCAGCCAAUCAUCGUAUAGUAUUUGGAUCUUGGUGUUACUAUGGACCAAUUCAUCCUGGAUUUACUUCAAUUUUGGUUACCAGAUUUUGGGAUCUGGUCAUGCGACCUUUAGGACUGGGUUCUUUUUCAGGCUUUCUUUUUUUCUCUUUUUCUUUUUUUUUCUCUUUUCUUUUUUUUUAGUACUUUUUACAUUCAUUAUCUUUUUAUCUUUUUAUACUUUUAUCUUUACCUAUCUUUUUUAUAUUUUUAUAUACAAUAAACUUAUAUUCGUGGGCUUUAUUCUGGUUAUAUUUUUGUCUUUACUUCUCUCUCGACUCAAUUCAUUCCCUUCUCCCCCAGGUGCCCUAACAAUAACUGUGGUUGAGUUUAUUACAUUAGUGAAUUACGACAUUCUUUUUAGAUACGACAUUCGAAUAGUUUUUUUUUUUUAUUUAUUGUUGGAUUUAGUUUUUACUGGACAAAACUUACCUGGGAUUACUUACCUUUACUUCAUGAAUAUAGGCUUUACAUCAUGUCGGCUUCGCUAGGUGGCCACACUGUGGAUGAUCGUGGUAUAUCAGUGGUGAUGCCUGCUGGGUCUAAGUGGCGCAAGAAAAGACCUAGUACAAAAGUCCCAAAAUGACAACGACAAGAAUAACCAUUCCAUUCCUUUUUUUUCCAUUGUUUUUAUUAUCAUCCUUCCUUUCCUUUUUUUAUUUUUAUUCCUUUUUAUACUAUUAGUUUUAUUCCUUUUUUAUAUAUUAACAAACAUCAUAAAUAGUAUAAAUAAUCAUCUUUAUUUUUUUAAAUAAAAAAAUAAUCAAUCAACUAAAAAACUAUUUUAUAAACUA